GCGCCUGUCCCAUCUUCCGGCGUCCUCAGCGGCGGGCGGCGAGGCUCGCUCAGUUGCCCGCGGCGGCUUCGCCGCACCAAGAGAAGAUGGUGGGCCGGAACAGCGCCAUCGCCGCCGGCGUGUGCGGGGCGCUCUUCAUCGGCUACUGCAUCUACUUCGACCGCAAGAGGCGGAGCGACCCCAACUUCAAGAACAGGCUUCGGGAACGAAGAAAGAAACAGAAGCUUGCCAAGGAGAGAGCUGGGCUUUCCAAGUUACCAGACCUUAAAGAUGCUGAAGCUGUUCAGAAGUUCUUCCUUGAAGAAAUACAACUUGGUGAAGAGCUGCUAGCUCAAGGUGAAUAUGAAAAAGGUGUGGACCAUCUGACAAAUGCAAUUGCUGUGUGUGGACAGCCACAGCAGUUGCUGCAAGUGUUGCAGCAAACUCUUCCACCACCAGUGUUCCAGAUGCUUCUGACUAAACUUCCAACAAUCAGUCAGAGAAUUGUAAGUGCUCAGAGCUUGGCUGAAGAUGAUGUGGAAUGAGAAACAUGUCAACAUAAUAAAAUCUCAGUUAAAAAAUUUAAAAAUUCUUGGAAGUUGAGCAGCUCUGGGAGAAUAAGGGCAAAUGUGCUUGUUAUAGACUGUCCUACACUGAAGUCUACCAAAGUUAAUGUUUGCUUUGUGUAGAUCCAUUUGUUUGUUUUAUUUAUUUUUCCCAGUGAAAAGUGUAUUUUGAUAGAGCUUUUCAUUUUAUAAAUACACUGAGUUACCAGAAUAUCACAGAUUUCAUUUAUUCCUAAGACAUACAGUUAGUGUAUGCACGACAUAAGGUUUCUUGGGCUCUAAAAACACCCAGUUCUCAGUUUUAAAAGAUAGGCAAAAAAAGUGUGAAGAGUGCACAUUUUUAAAGCUAGUACAUUUUACUCUAAAUUAGAAGAGUGGAUAGAGACUUUAUUUGUGAAAAAGGAGCAUUAAAAUUUUUGAGAAAUCAUUCAUCUCUGAAACGUGAGGUGUGCUGCUGUGGUAUGUUAACUUUACCCCCUCCCUGUGUAUCAGACUUAAAAUCUUUUGUUUAAAUCAGUGGGCUUAUGUGUUUUGGGUAUUUAUCUCCUUAUUUUUUAAGUAUAUGUUGUUGCGAAUGGCACCAGGAGUUAGAUCUGUGUGCACCCUGAUGUCACCUCAUGAGCUUCUCCAGUUUGUGUCUGCUCUUUUCCUCAUUCAUGGGAGGGAAUUGACCUGCUAAUCCCUGAAGUGUUCCUUUCAGCUUCUGAUUCAUCUGUUUGCUGUCUUCAAGUCCACCUUCACCUGAGUGUAUUUGUGCAACCAGACCUUGCAUUUGUUUUAAUAUUCUGAAUUUUGCAUGCUUGCCUGAAUUAGUAUUUCUGAAUUGAUCUUUUUUAAAUGGUAUGACUGUCUUUGUUUUCACUGAGACUAAAUAAUGCUGUCACUACACUGUAAAUGAAUCUGAAACUUAACCUUUUAAAUAACUAGGAUGAUCUGCUUGUAAAAAUGUUCCUUUUUUGCUUUUAUCUUCAGUGUACCUCCUUAAUUCUUCUUCAGCUUGAUUGUCUUGUGCAAUGAGUGAAGUGUGAUCUUGUGACUAAAGACUUGAGAAGACUGGGGUUGGUGGGACCUCAUUUUCAAAUAGUGGCAUAUUAUCUGAGUCACAGACUCCGUUUCAGAACUGAAAAUAAAGAUCCUUGGUACUUAAUGACA